UAUAUAUAUAUAUAAUGCGAGUGAAAUAUCGAAGAUGGCCAAUCUUAUAUGUCUCAAACUGCAGCCGAGGCUACCUAUUCUUGCUACUGUUUAUCCUUCUUUCUCUCGUCUCACCGCAAAAGCAAAUAGGAAAUGGAACAGUGGAUUUAGAGUACCUCGUAGGAGGGCACUUGGACUGGGAGCUUCAAUUUGGUUACAGUUUAUGAGUAAGGCUUCUGCUGGUGGAAGCAAAUAUUUCAUUGCUUCUGCAAGGCAAAAGGGUGUUGUUGAAGAGGCGUUGAAGAAUGUUGAAUGGCCAGAGCAGUUUCCCUUCAAGGAGGAGGAUUUCCAGCGGUUUGAUGAGUCACCAGACUCAUUGUUCUAUGAAGCUCCUCGAUUUGUGACGCACAUUGAUGACCCAGCCAUUGCUGCACUGACAAAGUACUACUCAGAGGUUUUCCCCCCCAGCAAUACUCCAGGAGUUAGCAUUUUGGACAUGUGUAGCAGUUGGGUCAGUCAUUUUCCACAAGGAUACAAGCAAGAUAGAAUAGUUGGACUGGGCAUGAACGAAGAUGAACUCAAGCAGAAUCCAGUUCUGACUGAGUACAUAGUUCAAGACUUAAAUUUGAAUCCUGAACUUCCAUUUGAAGAUAAUUCCUUUGAUGUCAUAACUAAUGUGGUCAGUGUGGAUUACCUAACAAAGCCUCUUGAUAUUUUCAAGGAGAUGCGCCGGAUACUUAAGCCUGGCGGGCAGGCUAUAAUGAGCUUUUCUAAUCGUUGCUUUUGGACAAAAGCAAUCUCUAUAUGGACAUCAACUGGAGAUGCUGACCACGCUUUGAUUGUUGGAUCAUAUUUCCAUUAUGCUGGAGGAUUUGAACCUCCUCAGGCUGUGGACAUAUCUCCCAACCCUGGACGAUCUGAUCCCAUGUACAUUGUUUACUCUAGAAAGGCAUCUACAGCUUAAGCUCAAGCGGACGGGUUGACUAUCAAUGCCCUAAAUUUUGUGGGUAUCUAUCUAUGUUUUUUCCAUUAUUGUAGACAAUAAAUCAUGUGAAAUUAAUUUACAACCAUAAGAUAUUAAUAGCUUUUAGAAGAUUUGGAAAAUGAAAAGGUACUGCUUUGCAGGCCA